UUAACGCUCGCUCGGCCCCCUCUCCUCAUACUCUCUCGGUUGAGCCCCAUCCCUAGCCCCGAUUCCGCUUCUCCGCCGCCGUCGACCUCGCCGCCGUCUGAGCCCCGAUCGGCGAUCGACGAUUCCGCUUCUCCGCCGCCGUCGACCUCGCCGCCGUCUGAGCCUCAUUGGAAUGAUUUGGAUGUAAAUCAGCAUGUGAACAAUGUCAAAUACGUUGGCUGGAUUCUUGAGAGUGCUCCUGUAUGGAUGUUGGAGAGCUACGAGGGAGUGUGGGAGGGACUCUCACCGCCGGCAUUACAUGAUAAUGUGGAAUUCGACUAUAGUGGAAACUAUCUUGCAAUUGCGGGUUCGGAUGUAAGGGUCUACCAAGUUGCCAGUGUAAAGAUGGAAUGGAAUCAGAUUAAGACACUCGCUGAUUUAUCAGGCACAGGAAAAGUGACACGCGUUAAGUUUGGAGCGGAUGCAAAAUACAUGGCUGUUGGUUCUAUGGACCGUAAUCUCCGAAUCUUUGGGCUCCCAGGGGAUGGCCCAGAGGAACCCAGAUCACCAGAUCACUGAUUUCAAACUUACAGAGAAGCCAGAGUCGAGAUUCUUUGCGUUAUCACUUAAUCCUUUGCUGCUCAUGGGGACGCUGCACGCCCCUGGGCUCGAGAUCAGCAGUUAACCGUUGGAUGCCCCCCCUUGUAAUUUAAGUGCAACCAAGAUCCUGGAUGGAAGCCCUGAAUAUGGCAUUUUAUUUUGAUGAUGUCCCGUAAAACAUGUUGUAUUCGUAGUUUUGAGUCACCGGUGAAAAAGCGCAAAAGCGCAUAAACUUAUUCUAUCUGUGAUUCUUGACAUUGUUGCUUGUC